UGAUUUGCUGUGGUUGGUUGUAUUAUUAUUGUGUACAUAUAUUGUUCAUCGUCAUGUCCAGUAUUCAUGCUUAAUUGUUUGACCCGGUAACAGGCUCAACAUUAGGUCUGGAGUUACUGCUUGGUAUUAGCGACAUAGUCAAAAGUCAUUAGGCGUAUUGCGUAAUACAGUCGUAGUGUAUAUAUUUUUGCAUAUAUGUAGGUACAUUCGGUUCUUUUUGCUCAACAUGCUGACAUUUUUUAUCAUGUGCAUCUACACCACGCCCGUCUACGUGCUCCAAGGUCUUACAACAGUAGUCCCUUUGGAAAGCCUCCUGCUAGCUCCUAAUAAAACCAGGAAUAAAACUAAUAAAUUGGGGAACGAAGAAGGGGCCAUGGAAAAAGUGUGGACCAGAUUUAUGUAUGACACGGCCCCAGUGCUGCUUCUGUUACUCUUUGCUGUAACAAUGCCGUCUUUGGUGACCGUUUCUGAUCUUCUUGCCGGGUUUUGGACUAGAUCUAGUGAAAAUAGAUCCCGGAUGAUAAAAACAUUCACUUUUCUUAUUAUUAUGGUCAUAAUACUGCCGAGCAUUGGUCUCGUGACACUCACAAAAGUGCUGGCGGAGAGGAGUCACAAAGAUUUGAUCAAAACCGUGUUUCGGUGGCAAUGCAUCCUUGCCCCACAGAACGGAGAGUUUUUCGUAAACUACAUGUGCACUGCAACUUUCGUUGGUACUCUUUCAGAAUUGAUAAGACUUCCUGAAAUCCUACUAUUUAGCAUAUACACGUGCUGUCUUCAAAGUCCGGGAGAGCAAAGGUCACUAAAGCUUAGCAUGCUUUACGAUUUUCCGCUGGGGUCGCAAUAUGCAUACACGAUGCUUUAUUAUGUCACGUUCGCAGUCUUCAGCUUCAUUUUCCCAGUAAUCACACCGUUUGGUAAUUCAAAAUUGCACAAAAGCUCAAGUUUGCGCAUUAUUGUUGUAAAUUUUAACCCUGAACCUAAUGUAAUAUCUCAAUGAAGGUCUAUGUUACAUGAUUGUGAAGCAUUUUGUGGACAAGCACAACAUUUAUUUUGUUUAUGGACCUUGUUUGACCCCGAAGCAAGAAAUUCAUGGCCUUGCAUCGAAUCUCUUGAUGCUUGGGAAUUACUUGGCGCAAUUCACUGUGGCAGCUUACUGCAUAACACAGGCAUAUUUUCAUCAGCUUCACCCAAAAAAUGAGACAACGGAAGAAAAGGAUCGUUUUAACAGAGGCUUGAUUUUCUACGCCAUUUUGACUCUGGUCCUUACCCUUGCCCCAUAUUUCCUUCAUUGCUGCUGUGGAUUUUGUCCAUCCCUUAUGCCUGUCUUUUAUCGACGUACAUCUGAACCGGAUGUGACAUGUGGACCGUUUGCUCCAACAAGGCGACUCUAUUAUUCAAACAGAUUGGAAAUCCUGGCGGACGAGGAGCUGAAAGGGUUCUACAAUAAAGCAGCAGCAAAUCGAAGGUUUGCUCCUGAUGUAUUCCACGACCUCACAUUUCUCACGUCCAUUACGAGUCUGAUGAACCGCAAAUGUCUUCCUGCACACGAUUCUUCGGAUUCGGACUCUGAAGACGAAUUUAAAAAUGCAGAUUGUGCACGUCCACUGCCAGUACCAAGCAAUAUCAUUCCUUUGAAUUUCAAGUCAAAAAUGAUUAAAUCUCCACAACAUUGAUAAUGCUGUCCGAGAUAAGAAAGUUUUAAUUUAAGCUUGUGCUAUUUUGUGUCAUUCGUGGCAAUUUGUGUUUGUGGUGAAUAAAAAGUAUU